UGUGGAGCCUCCCACCACCAUCUAGGUCCUGAGAUGCGGUGAACCCUGGCCUGUCUGCCAUCAUCCCCUAGAAUGGACCGCAGCAGCCUCCUGCCCUUCCAGCUAUGGUGUCCCCGGCCCUUUGGCACCUACUCACAGAACCAGCCGCGCCCACCUUCCGCGACCCUCAAGCCAUCAGCCUGCCCUGAGCCUGGCGGCGGGGCUGAGCCAGACCAUGGGCCUGCCCACUCCGAGAACACACCGCCUGCCUUGGCCACGGAGGCCCCCGCCUCCCAGCCUGCUCCACUCCUCUCCGCAGCAGCUGCUGGCGACGAGGGUCGAGUCCUGCUGGACACGUGGUAUGUUAUCAAGCCCGGGAAUACAAAGGAGAAAGUGGCCUUCUUUGUGGCCCACCAGUGUGGUGGGGGCAGCCGGGCCAGCUCCAUGAAGGUCAAGGGGCACUGGGGCAGUGACAGCUCCAAGGCCAAGCGCAGGAGGCGUUGUCUUGAGCCUACUAAGGCUCCUCCAGACCCGGGGGGCCGGGAGGGGCCCCCUGCUCCUGAGGAGGGCCCCGCCUCAGCCGAUGAAGACCUGCUCUCUGUGGCCGAGAUGGUGGCCCUGGUAGAACAGCGGGCCGCCCUGGCCCUGCAGAGCUACCCGCGCCCCGCCACCCCAGCACCUGUGGUCUUUGUGUCUGCUGAGCAGGGCGGACCGGCCAAGGGGCUGGGCUCCGAACGGCGGUCCGGUGGUGGGGACUGCAGCCGCGUAGCUGAGGCAGUGGCCCACUUCGAGGCCCAGCGGGACAGCCCUCCCACCAAGGGCCUCCGCAAGGAGGAGCGGCCCGGCCCGGGCCCUGGUGAGGUUCGCAUUGCCUUCCGCAUCUCCAACGGCCGGGAGCCCCGGGCGCCAGACGGCAGCUUGCCCAAUGGGGGCGGGGGCAGGCCUGGUUGUGCCUACCCUGGCAGCCCAGGUCCUGGAGCCCGAGCCAAGGACAAGAUCACCUGUGACUUGUACCAGCUCAUCAGCCCCUCUCGGGACGCCCUCCCCAGCAAUGUUGAGUUCCUGCUGGCCCGGGCAGAUGAAGCCAGCGAGGGUGAGAGCCCAGCCCCGGCCAGGCCCGAGGACACGCCCCCGGCCCCCCCUCCACCCCCUGCCCGGGACUGCGGAGCAUCCGGCUUCCACGUGGACGUGGUGGUGACGGGCGUGGUGGACGAGUGCAUCUUCUUUGGCAAGGAUGGCACCAAGAACGUGAAGGAGGAGACGGUGUGUCUGACGGUCAGCCCCGAGGAGCCGCCCCCACCUGGCCAGCUCUUCUUCCUCCAGUCCCGUGGGCCAGACGGGCCCCCUGAGCCACCCCCAGCUGACUCGCCAGCCACCGCACCAGGGCCGGACGAUGCUGAGGGGACGGCGGACACCUCCCUGUGCCGCCUGUACCGGCAUGUGUCACAUGACUUCCUGGAGAUCCGCUUCAAGAUCCAGCGGCUGCUGGAGCCGCGACAGUACAUGCUGCUGCUGCCCGAGCACGUGCUGGUCAAGAUCUUCAGCUUCCUGCCCACGCGGGCCCUGGCAGCCCUCAAGUGCACCUGCCACCACUUCAAGGGCAUCAUUGAGGCAUUUGGCGUGCGGGCCACAGACUCGCGCUGGAGCCGAGACCCGCUCUACCGCGAUGACCCUUGCAAGCAGUGCCGCAAGAGAUACGAGAAGGGCGACGUGUCGCUCUGCCGCUGGCACCCCAAGCCCUACCACCACGACCUGCCUUACGGACGUUCCUACUGGAUGUGCUGCCGCCGAGCCGACCGCGAGACGCCCGGCUGCCGCCUGGGCCUGCACGACAACAACUGGGUGCUGCCCUGCAACGGGCCGGGCGGGGGCCGGGGGGGCCGGGAGGAGGGCAGGUGAACCCGGGGCAGGGCGAGGAGAGCCCACCAUGCCUGUCCCUCCCCCCUUCCCUGGGGGCCAAGGGUCAGGACUGGGCCACCAGCCCAUACCGCAGUCCAGGCAGCGUUGAUGCCCGACCCCCCCACCAGAACUGUGCGGGGAUUCAGGGGGAUGCCCUGAGAAAGCACUCGGAGUGACCCCCUGUUGGCUUCCUAACUCUUCAGACCCAGGGCCGUGGACCCUCAAGUAGGGUGUUUUUUAUCAGCAUCUCAAUUUCUUCUUCCUUCAGCCCCAACUCCCUCCCUGC